AUGUAUUUAAAAGUAUUUGCACUUUUACUACAAACAAGUUUGAUGUGGUACGCUUCAAUUGUCACUGUGACUACAACUUUUAAGCAUCCAUCACCAACAAACAAAACAUCAGAUUCAAAUAAGCAUGAAAUAAUUUCCAUUUCAUCAUCACUACGCCCUUUAUCAUUAUUCAUUGAAUUUCGAAAAUACUCUUAUACUCUCUUUAUUCUUGCCAAUAUGUAUUUUAUCUGCAUUGAACAAGUAUCAGAUAAUUGUCGCAUGAUAAAACCAGGGCGACUCUGCCAAUCACCAUAUGCUCAACAUCCGCCUUUUCCUCCGCUCUCUUCAUGGACGUUAUCUGAUCUAAUUUUCAUCUCACUCGGAAUUCUGGGUGGUUUAUUCAGUGUAUGGAGCCUCAAAACUCUUUCUUCAAAUAACCAACAGCCAACAACAACAGGAGAUCAUCAAUAUGGGUUUUAUUAUCUCCUACGAUAUCCUUUCUACUUGUUAUAUUCCGGGUCCGUUUUUCUGGAAGGGAGCAAACUGUAUUUGAUUUGGCGAUUGAUAAAGUGGAUGCCGAGAUGGUUUCAACGGGAAUAUGGAAUUUGGUUUAUAUGGGGUUUGCUGAUUGAAAGCUGGCUACUUGUUGCCGAGAUUUCUGUAAAAGUGAUGAUGAUUGAGAAAGAUGUUUUUCUUAAAGAGCUGAUUGGAGUUUCUAAAUCUCGCAGGCUAGUUGUUCCUUUAUCGGUAGAAAAAGAAGUUGAAUAUAAUUAUUUGCUGUGA